GCGGUGCCGCUCGUGCUGCUGCCCCCUUCCAAGCUAUUCCGCUUUUAUCAAAAAUAUCAAAAAAAAUCCCAAAAAUCAGAAAACAAGAACCCUAAAUCCAUAUCUAUCCUCUCCUUUAUCUUAGUAUCGUUUCGGAUUUCAUCAGUAAUUUAGGGUUUAUUUUGUUCCUUUUUUUCUGUGUUGUUUCACUGUUUUUGGAAAUGGCACAGAUUCAGGUGCAGCCACAGGGUCCGGUGUCUCCGGCCGAUAAUGGCGUUGCUAGCAAUGGCGGGAAUGUGAAUCAGUUCGUGCCGACUUCGCUCUAUGUCGGAGAUCUUGAGCACAAUGUGACCGAUUCUCAGCUUUACGAUUUGUUUAGCCGGGUCGGUCAAGUCGUGUCCGUUCGGGUCUGCAGGGACUUGGCCACUCGUCGGUCUCUUGGCUAUGGUUACGUCAAUUACGGCAACGACAAUGAAGCGGCACGGGCGUUGGAUGAACUGAAUUUUAGUCCUAUCAAUGGAAAGCCAAUUAGGAUCAUGUAUUCUCACCGUGAUCCUACUGUCCGCAAAAGUGGUGCUGGAAAUAUAUUUAUCAAGAAUCUGGACAAGGCAAUAGAUAAUAAAGCUCUUCAUGACACAUUUUCUACAUUCGGGAGUAUUUUAUCUUGCAAGAUAGCUACUGAUUCUUUUGGUCAAUCUAAAGGAUAUGGGUUUGUGCAAUUUGAUAACGAGGAGUCUGCUAAAAAUGCAAUUGAUAAGCUGAAUGGUAUGCUACUGAAUGACAAACAAGUUUAUGUUGGACCCUUCCUCCGUAAGCAGGAAAGAGAGUCUGCUGGAGAUAAGGUGAAGUUUAACAAUGUUUAUGUGAAGAAUCUGUCAGAAUCUGUAACUGAUGAGGACUUGAAGAAAAUUUUUGGUGAAUAUGGACCUAUUACUAGUGCUGUAGUUAUGAGAGAUGGAGAUGGAAAGUCAAAAUGUUUUGGAUUUGUCAACUUUGAGAACCCAGAUGAUGCAGCCCAAUCCGUUGAGGCUCUCAAUGGAAAGAAGUUUGAUGAUAAAGAAUGGUAUGUUGGGAAAGCACAGAAGAAAUCUGAAAGAGAGCUUGAAUUGAAAGGGCGGUUUGAGCAAAUUUUAAAGGAGACGGCAGAUAAAAGUGAAGGACUGAAUUUAUAUGUUAAAAACCUAGAUGAUAGUAUUGAUGAUGAUAAGCUGAGGGAGUUGUUCUUGGAAUUUGGUACCAUUACAUCAUGCAAGGUUAUGUGUGAUCCUAAUGGCAUAAGUAAAGGCUCUGGAUUCAUUGCCUUUUCAACUUCUGAAGAAGCAUCUCGAGCACUUGCGGAGAUGAAUGGUAAAAUGAUUGUUAGCAAACCGCUUUAUGUUGCACUAGCACAAAGGAAAGAAGAAAGAAGAGCCAGGUUGCAGGCACAGUUUUCCCAAAUGCGUCCUGCUGCAAUGGCAGCUGCAGUUGCCCCUCGAAUGCCCAUUUAUCCCCCUGGUGCUCCAGGUCUUGGACAGCAAAUAUUUUAUGGUCAAGGCCCUCCUGCCAUAAUCCCUCCCCAGCCUGGAUUUGGAUAUCAGCAGCAACUAGUUCCUGGUAUGAGGCCAAAUUUCUUCAUGCCUAUGGUUCAGCCAGGUCAGCAGAGCCAGCGCCCAGGUGGCAGACGGUCUGGAGCUGGGCCUGUGCAGCAGACACAGCAACCACUUCCUAUGAUGCAGCCACAGAUGCUUCCAAGAGGGCGUGUCUACCGUUAUCCUCCAGGGCGCAAUGUCCAUGAUGUUGCCAUCGGUGGUCUUCCUGGAGGUGUGCUACCUGGUCCAUAUGACAUGGGUGGAAUGCAAUUCAGAGAUGCUGCAUUUUCACAGCCUAUGACUACUGGUGCUCUUGCUACAGCCCUUGCUAAUGCACCUCCUGAUCAACAGAGGACGCUUCUUGGGGAACAUCUGUACCCACUUGUGGAGCAGUUGGAGCAUGAAAAUGCAGCUAAGGUAACUGGGAUGCUUCUUGAGAUGGACCAGCCUGAGGUUUUGCACUUGCUAGAGUCACCAGAAGCCUUGAAAGCAAAAGUCGCAGAAGCCAUGGAAGUUCUAAGGAAUGUUUCUCAGCAGCCGCAAGCCAAUUCCCCAAGAGAUCGUUUAGCCUCCUUGUCGCUGAACGACAACCUUGUUUCUUGAGUGUCUGGGAUAGGCUCAACUGUGGUCUGUUACAUUCAAGUACUUAAUAAGUUUCUUGUUUGGCAAUAAAUUUGUGCUGUGACUAGGCCAAAUUCUGAAGUUCUCCGUGGAUUAUGGUUUUGAAAUAUCUGGCAGCCUAGAUUCUGCAACUAAAAAUUCUGCUUUUUGUUGGGGAUUUAAUCAAUUUGCAUGCUUCUUAAAAUUCUCUAUUCUCUAGAUCUUCAUUUGUUGUUGUUUGAUGCUAUGGUCUCUUCAACCCAUCGUAUUCAAUAUAUGUUUAUUUCUUAG